AUGGUGGAUGCUGAUUAUUGCUUCACUUACGUUGAUGUAGGAGGAAAUGGAAGAGCCAAUGACAGUGCAGUGUUCAGAAAUAGUUCUCUGAACAUUGCAAUGGAAAAUAAAACAAUUGGGUUUCCUGAGGACCAUGUUAUUAUCGGAGAUGAUGCUUUCCCUCUUAGACCCGAUCUUAUGAAGCCUUUUAGUAAACAUGGAUUAAGUGAUGAAGAGAAAAUUUUCAAUUAUCGCACAUCCCGUGCCAGGAGAGUUUCAGAGAAUGCUUUUGGCAUACUUGCCUGGCGUUUUCGAGUGUUCUCAAAAGCAAUUGAGCUGAAACCCGACAUCAUCGAUAGAGUUAUUUUGGCUGCUUGCAGUUUGCAUAACUGGUUGCGAAAGACUUCCCCAGGCCACUAUAUGCCACAAAAAGCACUGGACAGAGAAGAUUUAAACACAGGAGAAGUAACACCUGGUCAGUGGAGGUUACAUGCCAACACCUUACGACCAGUGACCUCACUGGGCAGCAACAAUCCAAACAGAACAGCAAUACAGAUCAGACAACAGUUCAUGAAAUAUUUCUCUGAAGAAAAUCCUCUACCCUGGCAAUGGGAGAAACUUGGACUAAAAAGGCCUUAA